AGGAUUGAAAGAAGGAAGAUGUGGAAAAGCACUGUGGUGGGCUUGUGGCAUCGUGGAUAUAUGUGGCAAAACCGGGUUACGUGGAGGCCACGUAGGCAAACGAAAUCCCUUCAACCACGCAGCCGACUCGGAUUCUUCGGGGGUAAGAGGUCCCCGUCAGGUUCAGAUCGAUCCCAAACCGACCGAUUCCAGAUCUGUCUGUCUUGUCUAGCAGAUCAUCGGUGGAGGGAUGUCGACGACCAAGCGGCGGCAGGGCCAGGCAAACUACUGCGACCGCACCGGCAAAAGGCUGCGGCCCGUGCAGAAGCACAAGCACCUCUACCUGAUACUAGACGACUGGACGAAAGGCUACUCCAUCCGCAAGAUUGACCUCGACACCUUGCAAAGCAGCAGCACAGACCUCGACCUGGACCUUGAACCCACAGUCCUCCGGCUAGUGGCACCUGAUCCUGGCCACCUCAUGAACUUCGCUGUCGUGGGCAACAACAUCUUCGCCGCGAGCUGGGAAUACCCUGGCACCCUGGUCUACGACACGGACACAGAGGCGCUGGCCACCGGCCCUCCUCUCCCGGAUCCUGUGCUCGACGGCCUUCGCAUCUUUGUGGCUACUGCUGACAUGCAGCAUCUGUAUGCGUUGAAGUAUAACUUCAGGGAAAGGCAACAGUACUUUGCGGUGAUGUCCACGUUCGGUGGCAUCAAGGAUCAUCCUACUCACUCUUCAAAUCCAAGCCGGGAUUGGUCCUGGCAAAGCGUGCCCUCACCACUUCCAUUCUCUAAGGAUGCCAGUAUCACCUCCUAUGCCCUGCACCCGGAUGGAAGCACCAUCUUCAUGUCUUCUUUGGCCAGGCGCUGUCCAAGGCGCACCUUCUCCUUCGAUACUGGGCUCUGCGAGUGGAGGUGUCAUGGGGAGUGGACGUUGCCUUUCGUGGGACAAGGCUACUUCGACAUUGAGCUGGACGCAUGGGUUGGCCUUCACGAGGAUGGCUACAUUUGUUCCUGCCAAGCCGUGUCUUGCAGCAGCAGCACCGUUACCACACAGCCAGACUGGAAGAUGACCAAGGAGAAGCUCCUCAAGCAUCCGAGGGGCAAAGGUGCCACCCUCACAUACAUGGGCAACACCAGGUUUUGCCUCGUGGAGUCUGUUGUACGUGAACAACAUGAGUUUGAUGACGACUCUGAUGAUGACUGUAAUGGCUACAUGCUCUACAUCACCAUUUUUGGCCUCAAGUACAGCCGCGAGGGAGAGCUGCAAACCACCAUCCGUCGCACCGCCAAAUCCUAUAAAGUGUCUAAGCAUUUCAUGUCAUUUUCUCCUGUGGCAUUCUGGCUGUAGCUAGCUAGGAAUUAACUGUGGUUUGGUUGUAAUUUAUGAUUUGUGGCAAUAAAUUUUUUGCUUCCCCUGGCAAUUUUUGUGGAACCUA